UAGUUUACUUUAGGAGGUCAAAAGUAAAGUGAAAGUGAACCUUUUGAUAGGUUACAACAAAUUGAGAAGAUGAAGAAUUGGAGCUUGAGCUUCAAAUCAAUGGCGGUUCCUUCCAAUUUCACCUCCUUUCCUCCUAAUUCUCCUCGCCCUCUUUCCUUCUUCUUUAAAGCUUCCGUUUUUCCCCUUCCCUUUUACAAUUCCUGCACUUCCAAAUCCAUUUCCAUCUCGAAACACAAUGCCUUCACUGGCUUCACAAGGACUAGACCCAUGUCGAUUCAAUCCGUUUCUUCUUCCUCCUCCUCCUCCUCCUCUUCUUCUUCUUUUGGUUCUAGACUUGAGGAGAGUGUCAAAACUACAAUUACACAGAACCCAGUUGUUGUUUACUCCAAGACUUGGUGUUCGUAUUCUUUUGAGGUUAAGGCGUUGUUCAAGAGGCUUGGAGUGCAGCCAUUGGUCAUUGAAUUGGAUGAAUUAGGUCCCCAAGGGCCACAAUUGCAAAAGGUACUUGAGAGGCUUACAGGACAACAUACAGUACCAAACGUUUUCAUCGGGGGCAAACAUAUAGGUGGUUGUACAGAUACUGUGAAACUAUACCGAAAAGGAGAACUCGAACCUAUGCUAUCUGAAGCUAAUGCUAAAAAUUCAGAGACAUAAACCUCAAGGCACAUUUUGUUUUCUGAGCCAUUUGGUGACUGACCUGUUGUUGAUGUUCUCAAUUCUACCUCAAGAGACACUUGUGUUUUUAGUUAGGAAAAUGAUGUAUGUUAAGCUAUUUGUGGAUGAAUUUGUUACAAGGAACUCCAACUUCUGCCAUGAAAUAAGAAAACAUUUUAUUACCAUUUGAAAAA